AUGGUGGUGGAUGGUGCAACUGGGGUGGUGUUUGUGGAUCAUUUCAUUGGAGAAGAUCAAAUGAGAGGGACAUACAUGAAUUGGGGUGAAGAAGGAAAGAAAGUGGAGAAAGCAAAAGAAAUGAAAGAAAGAAUGCAAAGGAAGGUUGAUGGGGGAGAGGGGUAUAGGGUGGGGGCUUUAGAACAGAAGAAGAAUAAAGAUAAAGAGACUAAAAAGAAACCAAUGCAAUCAGAAUCUAAACGAGCGUUAAAGAAAGCUGCCGACAGUGUCGUCACUAAGGUUAUGGCAUAUGAUGCAACCACUUUCAUUUUCCUGGCAAAUCAUGUUCCAGUACAAUUCAGCCAUGACUUUGCCAAACAUGUUAUUCAUGAAUUAAACUCAGCUGAUACUCUCCCAUUAUGGUUUGAGUGGAAUAAACCUGCAUAUGUUAUAACAGGAAUACAAUUUGAACUUUAA